AUGGAUGGGUCUGUUCCAGGUAACCAUAGUGACAGCAACAGCCCUGUGAGUGGCGGAGAGGUCCGGCUGAUGGAGGAGGGCAGUCCUGCAGUGCAUCUGGGGACUCUGAUCGCCCUCAUGGUGGAGGAAGGGGAGGACUGGAAGACGGUGGAGAUCCCUCCCCCUGGGGUAGCCGUGCUCACCCAGGCUCCUCCUCCUGCAGCUGCAGCCCCUCCCCCUCAGAUGGCCCCCUCUGCACCCCCACUACCUCCCCCCAGAGGUACCUACACAGAGAUCACUGCCUCCAACGUAUGGUGUGUCAUUGCCCAGAGGCUAACGCAGUCCAAGACCACCAUCCCCCAUGCCUACGCCACCGUCGACUGUGACCUGGGUGCCAUCUUGCAGCUGCGCAAGGAGCUGGCCAAAGUAGAGAUCAAAGUGUCCAUCAAUGAUUUUAUCAUAAAGGCAGAAGCUGCUACACUCAUGGAGCUGCCGGAGGUCAACGUGACCUGGACGGGGGAGGCCCCCCAGGCGCUGGACUCCAUCAGCAUCUCCAUCGCUGUGGCGACUGAGAAGGGCCUCAUUACCCCCAUCAUCACAAACGCUGCUGACAAGGGAGUGCAGGAGAUCUCCGCUAACGCCAAGGCACUGGCCCAAAAUGCUUGGGAUGGGAAGCUGCUUCCUUGUGAGUACCAGGGAGGCUCAUACAGUAUUUCUAACCUGGGCAUGUUUUGCAUCAGUGCGGUGAUCAACCCUCCGCAGGUGUGUAUCCUGUCCCUGGGCACCUCCAAGGCUGUGCACCGUCUGACCGAGGAGACCGGUGCCCUGAGCACCGUCACCCUGUCUAGUGACAGGUGCCUAGUGGACGACAAGCUGGCAUCACGCUUCCUGGACAAGUUUUGUGUCAAUCUGGAGAGGCUGCAGUGCAUGUCACUAGCCUGAGAUGGAGGGAUGGAGAAUGGGAAGGAAGGAGAGAGGGAACACUUCCACCAUGAAACUUAUAGUGUGUUCUGCAAAGGAGCAGCUGUCUUAUUUUAACUAAAUUAACAUUGCCAUGGCUAGUUGUGCAUAUGUUUUAUUUUACC